GAUCCUGACCGCCAAUUUGUCAUGUCCGCUGUCAUCUUCUGUCAUCUACUUGAACGUCAUGAAUGCUUAGAUGCAGGCGUUCCUGGGGAUGUGCAAUUUUUGCCAAUCAGCAUCAGCGUUCUCCAAUCAGAGGCCGGUAGGUGGAGUCAAAUAGUGAACAAUAAGAGGAAAACGGGCGAGCAGCAGGUAGACGAACGAGAACACGCCAAGGACUUGGAGGGACGUGCUGCCGUUCUUGUCUUUGUGAGACCACUUCAGAAGAAGUCAACUUUGUCCACCAUUCAGCAGACGCGGCAUGAGGUGUGUCACAUUCUACCCUCGCAGGGUCGAAAGUUGUCCCAGUUGGUAAGCGUGCCUCGCCCUGGCAACAUGCUCGUUGGCGGUGUUCCUGACAACCUUCAUUUGGGAGGGCGCCGGAGCCCUGAGGAGGAGCUGCUACUCCUCCAAUGCUUCCUGUACUUUGGCUCGACACAGCCUAGUGCCUAUGACAUGGCGGCUGUCAGUCACACAAAUCCCGCUCCCGCCAAGGAUCAGGUGCGUGGAGCAAUGUGGAACCCUUGCCUCCAUUUGAUCCCUUUCUCCUUCCAUCCCACACUUUCCUCUACCCUCGAUUCGACUCCUUCCCACUUCCAUCCUGCUACCUCCACUCUCUGCUCCUUCCGAUGGCCUCACAAGGGGCGGGUCUCGUGCGGCCUGUGUGGGAAAAGUUUUUAUGACAAAGGAACUUUGAAGAUCCACCACAGUGGUGUGCACCUCAAAAUUAAACAUGGCUGCACGGUGGCGGGCUGCGCCAUGCUGUUCAGCUCACUGCGCAGUCGGAACCGACAUAGUGCCAACCCCAACCCACGUCUGCACUGCUCCACUUUCACAGCAAAAGAUACCUCCAAGUGCGACUGGAUCCCCCCUCGAAGUGUGGGCGGCAUCGCCCCUGGCAUGAUGACAACGUGCCAGUCAGCAUCGCCACGUGACAGGGUGGGCAUACCAGAGCAACUUGACGCUGUUAACAGCCUGCCGGCCAAUCAGCGGCAGUUUUGGGAGUCACAUGGAAGCUUGCCGAAAAAGAAAAAGCCUAGGAAGUCGAGCAUGCCACUAAAAGUCACCAGUCAAUUGGAAUGAAUAAAACAAAACAAAACAAAACAAAAAAAAAAACAAUCCAAAUAUCACCCGAAUGACUUACUUUGGCGUCCUCUCGUGGACAAAUGAAUAUUAUAAGUGCAUGCCUUGUCUUUUCCUUUCUUUACUCUCUAAUUAAGUACAAAAAAACAAUAAAAAUAAGGUGAAUAAAAAUCUAAAGCAACUUUUGGUUCUUUUUUUUUAGUGCCUGACUGCAUGUUCCUACACAGACGUACUACAGUGCAUGAAUCCAGAAGUGGAAGUACUCAUCGUCAAUGGACAGAAAGUUGAACACAAGUUGUUGUUUUACAUUAUGGAAGAGAUUAAUAGAGAUUUGUUUGUAGUAUCAUUGUACUCAUAAAUAGU